AUGUCGGAUCCAAUGACCGCGGAUAGUGCCUUCGGACACCCCUCGAUGCUCUAUGCACCUCUGUAUAAUUCGUCUUCCAUUGGUUUUGGGGAGGUCCCAAAAUAUACCGCGUCAUCGGUCGAAGGCUUCGACCAAGUCCCUCUCCAAAACUCCCGAGUUCUUGAAUCCCCGGUACCGACAGUGGGACCAAGUAGUAGAGACCCGUAUACCGCAACUCUACCAAUCCACGACCAAAGGGCUAUCGUGCGUCAGCCGGAGAAUCGAAGUCUGUUCUUUGAACCGCUUUUCAACCAUACCGACUUUUACCUUACGACGGCAGUGGGCACACCAGGUCGAAACCCAAACAAUACCCAUCAGAACACGGGUCCAUUCGACUCACAGCCUGCAAUACCACACGAAGAAUCCUUCGAGUCCGCUUCAAGCUUCGACGGAUCGACGAAACCCGUUAACGAAUCAUCACUGCGCAUCCACCCCAACGUCAGAAAUCACUUCAACAACCUCUCCCUCUCAAGCAGUAUCCGCGUAAACGGGUAUCCCCGUAACAUCCAGGACGCCCAGAUCCGCAACAUCUUUGUCCCUAACUGGGCCGCUACAUCUCUCAACACGGUACCAGACCCAGGCGGUCUCGACGAUGCAUUUGCCGAUAUUUAUCAACAAGCUACGAAUCUUUUAAAAGAUGGAGAGCCGUUGUCUAAGAUCUUUGGACAUCAUCCUAAUGUUGCGGCGUUGUACGAUCAGCAGGAGUUUGAUCGGUCGUGUCUUUUGUCGCAGUGGGCGGCGAGGAUGGUGCAUAGUGUUAAGCGACAAGGAUAUGAUUUUACUUGUUUUGCGAGUAUGAAUGUCUUUUGGUAUGUUAUGAGAUGGACGAUUCAACCAUCACCAGAGACAUACGCCGCCAUGCCGGAAUGGAUUCGACCAACCUCAAAUCAACUUUUCACACCACACAUCAGCAUGGCCGACUUUGUCCUCUGGCCCGGCUUCCGCGAACUCGUGGUGCAACUCCCCCAACUCCAAGAACGCAUGGCAUGGCUAGCCGACAUGUCGAUGUUCAUCAACUGCGAAUGGCCUUACCCACUUGAACAAGCACUUCAUAGAAAUCCUGUUUCUGGGGAUGUUGAUCUCGUAGAUCUAGCAAAGGAAGCGAAGUCUGCAACCUAUGAUCUGACGUCUGAUCAACAUGACAUGAUUCAGCUCAUGGUCGACUAUCUCUACACAGGUGACUACUCAGUGGACUUGGACGGAAGCAUCGAAGACAACCCGAAAUGCGACUCUGCAAGUCUCUCUACACACGCUGUUAUGCACUCACUGGGCGACAAAUACGACAUCGAAGGACUCCGAAGUCUAGCAACCCAAAAGUACUGCUUAGAAUUACAAGGCAGCCUGAGUGUCACCAACUUCUUCUCAUCAAUCCCAUAUGUCUACACCCUGACGCCCGAAAGCUCAAGAGAUCUUCGAGAUCCGGUUUUGGCAUUUGCAAGAAAUCUGCUGGGAGGCGAAGGGCCAACGACCUUGGGUUUCGUUCGAGAUGCGAUCGAUGAGCUAUAUGUUGAGUGUCCGGAAUUUGUAAAAGAGCUCUUCUAUUCUUUGUUGCAAAAUCCCUUAUUGGGAUAUUGUCCUUGUACGGGUCCGAGGGACACGGUGCCUGUUGAGGCGAAGGAGUGCCGGUGUAGAAAGUGUGGAAAGAGCGGUGCUAGUCUUAGAAGACCAUAG